CAAGGAUUGAGGAAGUCGAAUGUGUGCACAGCAAGCUUUAGGAUGGGAACGGACUGCCACUUUCGGGGGUCAGAGAAAGGGCCACACAACAUGAGAACCCACGGGAUCAUAAUACUUUUGUUCUUCGACUCCUGUCUCCAAUCUGUGAACGGAUACCUGAGCUCUCCCCAUGUGGGCCAGGAGCCUCCGUACACCCGAGAUGCCCAGCAGAGUCCUGUUAUCACCAGCCCUGUAGCUCCAGCUGCCACUCUGGCAUCUCCAGGGGAUAUACCCAGCUACACUUCCAAGUGUCCAAGUGGUGGCCUGUGCACAAAGUUACCUGCUGACUGCAUAAACUGCACCACUCAUUACAACUGCACCUAUGGAAAGCCAGUCUCUUUCUCCUGUAGACCCAGGAGCGGUGUCCACUGCGUUGGGGAGUCGGGACAGCAGCUGACCAACUUCACCCUCACCAUGACCUGCCAGUUUUGUUGGCAGCUGGAGCCCUCACAGUACCGGUGCACCAACUCCACCAACUGCAUGACAGUGGCCUGUCCCCGCAAGCGCUACAAUGCCACGUGCACUGUGCUGGACCACGUGCACUGCCUGGGGCAGAGAGAAUUUCGUAAACGUCUGUACUGCAACUGGACAGGGGGUUACAAGUGGUCAACAGCACUAGCACUGAGUAUUACGCUAGGCGGGUUUGGAGCUGACAGGUUCUAUCUGGGCCAGUGGAGAGAAGGCCUUGGGAAACUUUUCAGCUUUGGGGGACUAGGCAUCUGGACAUUAAUCGACGUGCUACUCAUCGGUGUGGGCUACGUGGGUCCUGCAGACGGCUCACUUUACAUCUGAGCAGAAAAAAGUGACUGGGCAGCUGCAGGUUUAGCGUCCUGCUCACAUAUGACUAUGUAACUUUUAUCACUUCAACCAAGAUGUUUCUUUUCACACAUGCCUUGGUACAACUCUCAUUGCAACACACUGCACUAUCCUGUCUGCCCCAGAAUCGACUCAUGAGAGACAUCUUUACCUGCAUUUGUCACCCCACUUGUCCCUCACCCUGACUGUUUGUCUCCCCAUGGUAUAAUUUAUUAUUUCCGUUUUCUGUAGUUGACCUUGCUGUGGAAAAGGGAAAGAGGGAUUGAGUUACACAGAUUAGUGCUGGGAGGUGUGUGCAGUUUGUGUUGGGUUGUUCUGCAGUACCCCAUUACUUUAGUCCAUUUGAGACUUAGAAUGCCCAGCAGUGCAGUGGUGUAAAUGUACCUGUUUUGAAGUGGAGCAUGAUAGAUGGUAAGCUGGUCCCCUGCAGUGCACCUGGUUACAGUCUUCUCAGUACUCUGUGAAAACAGGAUCAGUAUUUAGUCUGACCUUUUCAAG